CUCGUACAUGGAUUUUGACGGAAAAAUCAGUGAAAUUCACGUCUAAGUAGGCUGUGACAUCAAACUUUAUUAAAAGCAAUUUCCGCGAAAAUAGAAGACAGUCUCUCAUUAUCCGUUGUACAGUAAACAUUAAAAUAGUGUUAUCGUAAAGUCGAUAAGGAAGAUUCCUGUAUUACCUGUUAUUUUUCUUCUUGACAUUGGAGCUGUGAUGGCAGUAGAAAAUCUGUUGUCGAAUUUUUGAAAAUCGCCGCUUAAAACUUCAAGUGCUGAAUUAUAUUGUUUCAACAAUAAUAAUUUAAGAAUAAGCUGAGACAUCACAUCGCUGGAAUAUCACGUCCUAUAGGAUUAUAAGAUUUUGAAAUAGAUUUUCUAAAACCAGUUUUCUCUGAGCAUUACCAACUUAGAAUACAACAGCAUACGAUCUUCAAGUGACGAUAUUGUGACGAGGAACAAUUUGGCGAGAGGUACGACUUACGGGGUUUGUGAGUCAAACAACGUUCGAUCAACUACAAGAGCUGGUGAUAUUAGGCAUUGAUGCUCCGAAGUGUUAUGAGUCAACAACAGGAACCAAAAGAAACAUUAUUGAAGUUUGUGCAUCCACGCAGAUAUUCUGUGUUUGUCCCCUUAGCUGCUGUGGCCGUAUCGAUAUCAAAAACUGUACUAGGAAACGUAGUAGAUGGAUGUUCCAUCACCAUGGCACCUAGGAAUUCUGCGGAAUCAUCGGGAGAUACGGGUGAGAACGUUCCUAUUAUUCUUGGUAUUUUGCAUUUCCUGAUGUCCAUUCACUGUUUUCGUUUUCAUGUCGUUUAAAUUUUUUAUUCGUCUGUUCUUGGUUUUUUUGUUUUUUUUUUAUGAUGUCCAUUCAAUAUUUUCAUCUUCAUGUCGUUCCAAUUCUUUGUUCGCCUCUUCUUGGUAUUUUGUUUUCUUUUCUGGUAAUUUGCCCGUCUGUUCUUGGUAUUUGUUUUUAUUUUCUGGUAUCCAUUCAGCGUGUUCUUCUUUAUGUCAUUCGAAUUUUUUGUCUAUCUGUACUUGGUGUUUUGCUCUCUUUUCUAGUGUCCAUUUAGUAUUUUCGGUUUCAUAAUGUUCGAAUUCUUUGUCUUUGGGUUCUUGGUAUUUUGAUAUCCAUUCUGUUUUCGUUUUCAUGUCGUACAAAUUCUUUACCCGCAGGAUAUUAAUAUUUUGUUUUCUUUUCUUACAAAAGUCUAUCGUCUUGAGUCAAUUUCUGUUCAUGGUUUUUUCUUUACAAUAUCCCAUAGCCGAUUUCUCAAUUGAAAUCUUUUCCUACCCUUGCAUUCCAAUCCUUGUUGCAUCGCCUAUAAACUUUAGUUUCAUAUCUCAAAAACACUGCAAGUACUCUUACGAGGGGAAAUACUUGUCUCUUGGUGUUUGUAAUCCUGCCUUGCAAAAGUAGUUGGCACCUCUAAGGAGACAGGUAUCUGGGUUUUUGGUUUAUGACAAAACUGUCUAAGAGGCGUUCCUUUAAUGCUGAUUCAAGUGCCCAUUCAGGGUUUUCAUUUUCAUGUCGUUCGAUUUUUUGUUCGCCUCUUCUUGGUAUUUUUUUUUUCUUUUCUGGUGAUUUGCCCGUCUGUUCUUGGUAUUUGUUUUUAUUUUCUGGUAUCCAUUCAGCGUGUUCUUCUUUAUGUGGUUCGAAUUCUUUGUCUGUAUGCACUUGUUAUUUUGCUUUCUUUUCUGGUGUCCAUUUAGCAUUUUCGGUUUCAUAUCGUUUGAAUUCUUUGUCCUUGGGUUCUUGGUAUUUUGAUUUCUUUUCUGGUGUCUAUUCUGUCUUUUCGUUUUCAUGUCGUACGAAUUCUUUGCCCACAGGAUCUUGGUAUUUUGGUUUUUUUUUUCUUUUAAAAGUUUAUCGUCUUGAGUAAAUUUCUGUUCAUGGUUUUUUUUUUUUCACAAUAUUCCAUACCCGAUUUCUCAAUUGAAAUCUUUUUCUACCCCUGCAUUCCAAUCCUCGUUGCAUUGCCUAUAGACUUUAGUUUCAUAUCUCAAAAACACUGCAAGUACUCUUACGAGGGGAAAUACUUGUCUCUUGGUGUUUGUAAUCCUGCCUUGCAAAAGUAGUUGGCACCUCUAAGGAGACAGGUAUCUGAGUUUUUGGUUUAUGAAAAACUGUCUAAGAGCUGUUUCUUUAAUGCUGAUUCAAGUGCCCAUUCAGGGUUUUUAUUUUCAUAUCGUUCGAUUUUUUGUUCGCCUGUUCUUGGUAUUUUGUUUUUUUUUCUGGUGAUUUGCCCGGCUGAACUUGGUAUUUUAAUGUUUUCGGUUUCAUAUCGUUCAAAUUCUUUGUCCUUGUGUUCUUGGUAUUUUGUUUUUGUUUCUGGUGUCCAUUCUGUGUUUUCGUUUUUAUGUCGUACGAAUUCUUUGCCCCCAGGAUCUUGGUAUUUUGGUUUCUUUUCUUUCAUAAGUUUUUCGUCUUUAGUCAAUUUCUGUUCAUGGUUUUUUCUUCACAAUAUCCCAUAGCCGAUUUAUUAUUUGAAAUCUUUUUCUACCCCUGCAUUCCAAUCCUCGUUGCAUUGCCUAUAGACUUUAGUUUCAUAUCUCAAAAACACUGCAAGUGCUCUUACGAGGGGAAAUACUUGUCUCUUGGUGUUUGUAACCCUGCCUUGCAAAAGUAGUUGGCACCUCUAAGGAGACAGGUAUCUGGGUUUUUGGUUUAUGAAAAACUGUCUAAGAGCCGUUCCUUUAAUGUUGAUUCAAGUGCCCAUUCAGGGUUUUCAUUUUCAUGUCGUUCGAUAUUUUGUUCGCCUCUUUUUAUAAUUUUCUUUUCUUUUCUGGUGAUUUGCCCGUCUGUUCUUGGUAUUUGUUUUUAUUUUCUGGUAUCUAUUCAGCGUGUUCUUCUGUAUGUCGUUCGAAUUCUUUGUCUGUAUGCGCUUGGUAUUUUGCUUUCUUUUCUGGUGUCCAUUUAGUAUUUUCGGUUUCAUAUCGUUCGAAUUCUUUGUCCUUAGGUUCUUGGUAUUUUGAUUCCUUUUUUGGUAUCCAUUCUGUAUUUUCGUUUUGAUGUCGUACGAAUUCUUUGCCCACAGGAUCUUGGUAUUUUGGUUUUUUUUUCUUUUAAAAGUUUAUCGUCUUGAGUAAAUUUCUGUUCAUGGUUUUUUUUUUCACAAUAUUCCAUACCCGAUUUCUCAAUUGAAAUCUUUUUCUACCCCUGCAUUCCAAUCCUCAUUGCAUUGCCUAUAGACUUUAGUUUCAUAUCUCAAAAACACUGCAAGUACUCUUACGAGGGGAAAUACUUGUCUCUUGGUGUUUGUAAUCCUGCCUUGCAAAAGUAGUUGGCACCUCUAAGGAGACAGGUAUCUGGGUUUUUGGUUUAUGAAAAACUGUCUAAGAGCUGUUCCUUUAAUGCUGAUUUAAGUGCCCAUUCAGGGUUUUCAUUUUCAUAUCGUUCGAAUUUUUGUACGCCUGUUCUUGGUAUUUUGUUUUCUUUUUUGGUGAUUUUCCCGGCUGAACUUGGUAUUUUAAUGUUUUCGGUUUCAUAUCGUUCAAACUCUUUGUCCUUGUGUUCUUGGUAUUUUGUUUUCGUUUCUGGUGUCCAUUCUGUGUUUUCGUUUUUAUGUCGUACGAAUUCUUUUCCCACAGGCUCUUGGUAUUUUGGUUUAUUUUCUUUUAAAAGUUUAUCAUCUUGAAUCAAUUUCUGUUCAUGGUUUUUUCUUCACAAUAUCCCAUAGCCGAUUUAUCAAUUGAAAUCUUUUUCUACCCCUGCAUUCCAAUCCUCGUUGCAUUGCCUAUAGACUUUAGUUUCAUAUCUCAAAAACACUGCAAGUACUCUUACGAGGGGAAAUACUUGUCUCUUGGUGUUUGUAAUCCUGCCUUGCAAAAGUAGUUGGCACCUCUAAGGAGACAGGUAUCUGAGUUUUUGGUUUAUGAAAAACUGUCUAAGAGCUGUUUCUUUAAUGCUGAUUCAAGUGCCCAUUCAGGGUUUUCAUUUUCAUGUCGUUCGAUGUUUUGUUCGCCUCUUCUUGGUAUUUUGUUUUCUUUUCUGGUGAUUUGCCCGUCUAUACUUGGUAUUUGGUUUUAUUUUCUGUUAUCCAUUCAGCAUAUUCUUCUGUAUGUCGUUCGAAUUAUUUGUCUGUAUGCACUUGGUAUUUUGCUUUCUUUUCUAGUGUCCAUUUAGUAUUUUCUGUUUCAUAUCGUUCGAAUUUUUUGUCCUUGGGUUCUUGGUAUUUUGAUUUCUUUUCUGGUGUCCAUUCUGUGUUUUCGUUUUCAUGUCGUACGAAUUUUUGCCCCCAGGAUCUUGGUAUUUUGGUUUCUUUUCUUUCAAAAGUUUAUCAUCUUGAGUUAAUUUCUGUUCAUGGUUUUUUCUUCACAAUAUCCCAUAGCCGAUUUCUCAGUUGUAAUUUUUUUUUUACCCUUGCAUUCCAAUCCUCGUUACAUUGUCUAUAGACUUCAGUUUCAUUUCUCAAAAACACUGCAAGUACUCUUACGAGGGGAAAUAUUUGUCUCUUGGUGUUUGUAAUCCUGCCUUGAAAAAGUGGUUGGUACCUCUAAGGAGACAGGUAUCUGAGUUUUUGGUUUAUGAAAAACUGUCUUUAAUGUUAAUUCAAGUGCCCAUUCAGGGUUUUCAUUUUCAUGACGUUCGAUUUUUUGUUCGCCUCUUCUUGGUAUUUUGUUUUCUUUUCUGGUGAUUUGCCCGUCUCUUCUUGGUAUUUUAAUGUUUUCGGUUUUAUGUCGUUCGAAUUCUUUGUCCUUGGGUUCUUGGUAUUUUGUUUUCGUUUCUGGUGUCCAUUCAGUGUUUUCCUAUUAAUAUAAUUUUUAAAAUUUUGUUAGCUGCCUCGUGUAAUUUUUUUCGUAGCCGUUUUCGCCAAUUUAGAACGCAACAGCAUACGAUCUUCAAGUGACGAAGUUGGAAUAGCGGCAGAUGAGAAAAAAUUUGGAGAGAUGUGCUUUUUACGGGAUUUGUGAGUCUUUUCCUGAACAACAGGGUCAACUAUAAGAGCUGGCGACUCAGCAGUUUCUGAUUCUCAAAAAUGUUAUGUAUCAAAAUAAGGAACUUAAGGAAACUUUAUCGAAUUUGAUGCAUCUACGCCAAAAUUCUGUCUGUUCCCUUAGCUGUGGUGGCCGCAUCGACUUCAAAAACUGUACCAGGCGAUAUAGUAGUAGAUGAAUAUUCCACCACUAUGGCAGACUACUUGUGCGGAAUCAUCGGAAAAUACGGGCGAAGAGAUCAGUCUAGUCUAGGCAUAAUAUGUAAAAUCAACCACGUCCGCUAUUUCAGUGUCGCUGCAAUAGUGUAAUGUGGUGAAAGAUGGUAAUGACAGAUGGAUUAUUGAUUAUUGUCAGGGUGUCAUAGUCGAAAAGAAAUAUUACGAUUACAGUUCUUGGUAGCGUACCGGAUGGACUGCCUUCAAAUUAGUUUUGAAAUAGCCUUUUGUGUCUGGACAGAAAAUAUUCAUCGAAAGAACUGUUAUUAACUUCAAAUGAUUUAGACAUCGAAUAAAUGCUAUGUAUUGAUAUCACAUUCUUUCUUACGUCUGAGGCGCAAUGCUAUCUUGGAUUAUGUAGCAACCCGAUAGUCUCAACCCGAUAGUCCCAGCUACUCGAUAUAUU